AAUCAUGGAUAGUAAUAAAGAUGAGGCGGAGCGAUGUAUGGAACUUGCAGAACUAUAUCUACGAGAAAAAAAGUACGAAGAGGCAGAAAAAUUUGUACGUAAAGCACUAAAACUAUAUCCAAUGAAAAAAGCAGAAGAUGUGUUAGCAAAAGUGACAAUGUUAUCAAAACAAAAUCAAAAGUCUGAAUCUGAACCUACACUUAGGAAACGUCAAACUGCAUCUAAAGAAACCACACAUACUCAAGCUUCUAGUGAUUAUACAAAGGAGCAACUUGAACAUAUUAAAAGAAUCAAAAAAUGUAAAGAUUAUUAUGAAAUUUUGGGUGUAAAUAAAGAUGCAACUGAUAGUGAUAUUAAGAAGGCAUAUAAAAAAUUAGCACUUCAGUUACAUCCAGAUAAAAAUAAAGCACCAGGUGCUGCUGAAGCCUUUAAAGCUAUUGGAAAUGCUGUUGCUAUUUUGACUGAUGUUGAAAAGAGAAAGCAAUAUGAUAUGUAUGGUCCUGAGGAAGAAAGACUUCAAAGUGCUCAAGCUCAUCAAAAUCAUUCACAUUAUAAUUAUACAAGAGGAUUUGAAACUGAUAUAACAGCAGAAGAAUUAUUUAGUAUGUUCUUUGGAGGUGGAUUUCCACAACAAGAAUUUUAUAUGAGACGUUCUGGUAGAUGGGCAAGACAACAAGAUGCACAAGCUCAACAUGCUCACUCUCAACAAGCAAAUGGAUAUACCACAUUCCUUCAAAUGUUACCUGUGCUAUUAUUAAUAUUGUUAACUAUGAUGAGCAGUUUCUUUAUAUCAGAUCCUGUAUAUAGCUUGCAUUCUAACGCAAAAUAUUCUGUACUGAGAACAACUCAAGGAUUAAAGGUGCCCUACUAUGUCAAAGAAAACUUUCAUACUGAAUAUCAAGGCAGCUUACGUAGACUAGAAAUUUCUGUUGAAGAAGAAUACCUGAAUAAUUUGAGACAUGCCUGUUUUAGAGAGAAAAGUUAUAGAGAAACAAUGAUGUGGAAAGCAAGAAACUUUGGAGAUCAAGAAUUAUUUUUCAAAGCUAAAAAUAUUGAAACACCUUCAUGUAAGAAGGUACAAGAAUUACAAGGAGCAUAGCGACGUUAUGUUAUUGAAUAGAAUUUUGUUGUAGAUAGGUGUAUAUUAUAUUUACACAUGUGUAGUUACUAUUGGAUGAAAUGAAGAAUAUCAAACAUUAUAAUACAUGCGAAUAUAUUAUAUAUCUUCGCAUCCAAAUUGAUAAAUGAUAUUCUUCUGAUCCAUGAAUUUUUACAUAGGCCGUUUAAGCUGUUUGUUCCACAUAUUCAAAUUGUAAAUUAAUAUAGGAUUCAUUAUAGUAGCAAGUAUGAUGAAUUCCAAUAUGGUACAUGAAUCUAUCAUAUAAUAUAAUUAAGGUAACAUAUUUCAAAUUCAUUAGAUUGAAUCAUAUAAUUUUAAAAUAUAAAAAUCAUAUGUUGAUUAAUUUAUAUACAUUGUUAAUCAGGAUUAUUUAUGUUCCAUUAUUACGACACGAGGAGAAAUAGCUGAUUGAUAUAGUAAGUGAUAAACAUUAAUUUUGAAGAUUUUAAAAUAUUUCUAAUUAUUUAUACUCAUUGAAAGAAUUUGUUCAUUAAAAUUUUAAUUCAAUUCUUGCCAUAUUAUUUAAUAGUUAAAUUGAAAGUUUUUUUAAUCCUAGCACAUAAUGAUUUUGACGAUUUUAAUAAAGAUAUUGUUGCAAUAUUGAAACUGCUUGUACACAGGAAAUUUAAAAAUAAAGAUUUAAAAAACUCAUUUAAAUUAUAUAUAAAAAUUAUAUAUAUAAAAGAAUAAAAAAAUGUAAGAGAAAAUGAAUGAAAUUAAUGCAUUUCUUUUAAAGAAGAAUAAAAAUUAAUUUUAAUAUUGAAAAAACCCAUUUAGUUUGUAAGGCCUAAGUUGUGGGUAAUAUCGAAAUUCAUGUAAAUUUUUUUUUUGCAUUAAAAAAUAAUCUAUUGCACAGUAUUAAAUAAUAUAGAAAGUUAUUAAUGUUAAAAAUUUUAUGGACGCAAUAUUACACUGGAUACAUUCCUUCUGUUAUUAUGAGAAAUGCACGAUAUAUUACAAGCAAGAACAUAGUAAUUGUGACACAUAUUUACAUUUAUGUAUAUUAUUUUUUAUUCGAAAAAUUUAUGUAAUUUAAAUUAAAGAAAGAAAAGCAUACAUAUUAUCAUGAAAAAUGAAUAAUAAAUAAUUUUGAUUAAGCUACAGUCAUACACAUACCAUAUACGUCAUUGCGUCGUAAAUUUUUAUAUGGGCAUAAAGUUGAAAAAAAAAGAAAUUCCUAUCAAUCUGAUAAAUGACCACUUAUGUUUGUUCUUAUUUAUAAAUUAUAAUGUAUAUGGAUAAUGAGAUAUAUAUUGACCAAUAUAUUUAUCUUGAGAAAAUAUUUUUUUUGUGUGAUGUUGGAAUUUUUCGGUACUAAUUGUUAUCUUUAUAAUAAUCUCAAACUGUUGAACUUUUUGAAAUCGUUCGAGAAUAACAUUUGAAACAUUUAUGCGAAUCAGUUUAAUCGAACUGCACAUAUCAAAUUUGUUUUAUAAUUUGGCCAAUUCUUGUAUGUUUAAUAGCACUUAUUUAUCUAAAUCAUUACGUGUAUAUUAUAAAUAUAUAUGUCAAAGUAUUUUAAUUAGCUAAAAUAAAGGAAUUUUAAAAAUUAA